AUGGAAGUCUCCGAAGAGAAAGUGCAAAAAGUGCAGAAAUUCGCUGCAAAUCGUGCCGCCGCCGAAAAAGAGUCUGUUGGCCAACCGCUUAGUGCCACAGCCCUGCAUGCCUAUGCGCGACGGUUGGAUGGUACCUUGCGAGAACUUCAAGAUCAAGUCCGUCGCCAGGAAGACGAGCUCAAGAAGCUUCGGGAGAUUCGUUCUUCUGGUCUAUCAUAUGAUGAUAUUGACCCUCGCGCACGUCUCUCUGAUGCACGACGGGCAAAACGAGCGUAUGACUCACUACUUCAGAACAAGGAAGAGCUCCCAGUUCCAGAGUCUGUUCUUCCUUCACUGAUAGCAAUCGAAGAGACCUCCCGACUCGUUAAAGAGCACAAGGUCUCGGUCUCGGCUACAGCUGAGAAGCUAUCUGCAGAUCGUGAGCAGCUCCGUGUGGAAGAGGCCAAUCUACGAGAUUCUCGCCUGAUUGCAAGUGGACUUCGAGAACGACUCCAACAGAUCCGCAGAGCCAAUGCUCGAAAGCAAGAACAGACACCUUCACAAGUAGCACAGGAAGUGCUAAACCAGCAGAAAAAGAAGAAUAAAGCACUUGAACGGGAUUCCGAGCACCUUCAGAACUCAUUGAACAGAUUUAUUGAUGAAACCCUGGCGCCAAUGCUUGCUGCAGAGGACCUUGGUGGGCCGACGGUGGGGGAUGCCCUAGAGGUAUCUGAUGCAACACUGAACGCAGGGUACACGGCCCAUGGAAAACCAAAGAAACAGAAGGAGGCGACAGAGGUUGAUGAUCGUGGUCAGCAGCGAAUGGAUAAAUUUGUUCGGCGCAAAGAUGAUGGUUCAGGUUCGACAAAUAAACGGGAGGCCGCUACAAGCGAAGUUCAUGAGCUUCUAGAUUCUCUGCUGGAAGCUGGUACAUCUUAUGUGACUUUACAAAGGGACUCGGCUAUUUCACGUUUCCUUGUGAGGGCUAAAGUGGCGCAAUUCCAUCCGCGCGAUGCCCGCCGCCUGCGUUUUAUUGACUUUGGUCGCUCGGUAGCUGAAUGA